UAUGGAAUGUUUUGCGUGACGUCACGGACCGAGUGGAGGUUGAAUUGAAAAGCAAAAGAUCAUUUUGUAGACGAAAGGACGUUGAUGGUAAAUCGAAAGCAAGCUCGAAUUUCGCUUUUAUCCAACUAUUUAAAGUGUUUAUUACGCGAAUGUUGGCUUUUAGAAGAAGGAUAAGCUACCAGUCCACCGUUAAUUGAUAAAUCGUUUUACUUGGAAAUUAGAAAUGGCCAUACCAGAUACUGUUUCUUGUGAGGACGAACAAGAAAACGAAGGGAAUAUGUACUGUGCUCGCAGUGUUCCCCGUAACAGAGCAUCUCGUUCCGGCCUGACACUUAACUUCGGAAGGCACUUGCCACUGCCAAUUCUCACUCCUUCUCCUUCCGAAGAAGAAACACUGGCAGAAGGACACAUGCUCUUUCAGGAUUUUGUAACGAGUCAAGUCCAGCAAGAAGGACUUCAAAAUCAAUAUUUGCAAAUUAGCGCAAACAUUCCUUCCCGUUAUAGAAGCAACGUGGAACCCUUGCUUCAAGCUGAUGGCGACCAAGCUGAUUGCGGAUCAUCCUUCGAAAACGAUCUAAGUGUUAGUACACCACUGGGUUACAAGAAUCCAGUCUGGGCCAAAGCAGGCAGAGAACUUAGACUGUUGGCAGAAAAAUUUGCCAAGAGUGAAGAGAGGAAAGCAGUCAGAGCAAGAGCUAAUCAAGUUGACAUCCAUCACAUAACGUGGGACGAGUUCCAGGAUCUGCUGACCGAGUUGUUUUUGGACGGAGACAUCCGACGGGAACGGAUAGUCACCCUCUUUUUCUUUUGUACCGAUAUCAUGAUCAGGGCGCUGAAGGAAAAAAUCGCCGACAAAGUCAAGUGUCUGUUCGUCUGGUCACUGCGCUUCAUCUCCGAGAAGGUUUGCACCUGGGUGCAGCAGCAAGGAGGAUGGGGCGUCGUCCUAGGCAAUUACGUGCCGAAAGCCGUAAUAACCAUCUGCGCCCUGACCGUGGCCGUCUUCACCGUUUUCUACGUCUGGAAGAAGACCUGACGGGCCCUCCGGACACACCACGUCGAACUGUAAAUAUGUGCUUGGACGCGGCCGGGUCCACGUUUUUUUUUUCUAUUAGUUAAAUCUUUCUACGUCUCGGGAGCGACGACGGACAAAAUCUUUUCUCCUCCUCCAUUAUCCGUAGUACAGUCGUUUUUCGUACGCGCGCCAGAAGAGCCUCGACACUGCCACGGGUCGACCAGACCUCCGAUUGGAAUCCAUCCGAAAACUUCCUGCACAAUUGGAGGACACUGCACAAUUUAUCUAUGCACAGUUUUUGUAGUCUUUUUCCGUCGAUUGUUACUCGCUUUUUCUAACUUUUUUGAUACGACUUUUUAAACUGUAAGAAAUUGAAAUUUCCCGUCGUCU